AUGGGAGAGGAGGGAGAUGAGGAUGAGGGGAGAGACGAGGAGGGUGAAGAGGAUGAGGAGGACAAAGAAGAGGAGGAAGAGGAAGACAGCGAGGAGGAAGACGACGACAGCGAGGAGGAAGAUGAGGAUUUUGUGGACCAAGAGGAGGUGGAGAAGCUUGGUCUUCCUGGGGCCAAAGCACCAGAUGCUGCUGCUUUUAAACUGGGAUAUUUUUUCCAGCGACUUAUGAUCCCAAAGUCUGUACCAGUCUUUGAAGAGGAUGAAUAUCUGGACGAAUAUUAUGAUGAAGAGGAAGAGGAUGAAAAUGAAAAGCCAGAAGAACUCGAAAUGGAUGUGGUCUCAAAAGAGGGCAGCCAUGAAAAAUAAAGUUGGAAGGCAUAGAAAGAAAAGGACAGCGGAAGGGAACAUGAAUUUGUCCUUUACAGAUGUUUUAGUUUUUAUUAGCCCAAAAUGUUAAUUUUUUUUCAAAGUUCAAAUGAUAUUACCUGACACCUGACUUUACCCUUAUCAUUUACAAAUAUAUUUGACAGCAUUGUUCACAUUGAAAAUAAAAACUUGUUUGAAAUGAA